AUGCUCAACAAUUCAUCAUCAGCAUUGUCAUCAUUAAAUUUAUCAAGGCUUCUUUUAAUAAUAGGAUUUGCAAGUUUUUAUUGCUUGUUUGUUUAUUGUGAUUUUCCCGUUGAUGUUAAAGAAUUAAAUAUUAAAAAUAUAUAUGCAGAUGAUUCAGUGGAUUGUAACGAAUUUGAUUAUUAUUAUUUCAAUGUUCCGAAGGAUUUUAAAGUACAACGAUUUUAUUUAUCAUUCCGUUUUACAAAUGAUGAUGAAGAUAAGAGUGAUAAACCUGCUCUAGCAAUUUAUUUUAAAAUAGGAAAAUUAGCAAAUGAAACUGAUUAUGAUGCAAUGACAAAUUCACCUGAUAUUCCAAUUGCUUUUGAUAAAAUUCCACCUGAUACUAAUUGUUAUUUAACUAUUGCAGGUAAAGGAAUGUGUAAACAAGGAUUUGAAACUACGAAUCAUUAUUAUUUUAAAGGAUAUUUGGAUAAACAAGGACCUAUUCCAGAGUAA